GCGUCGUAAAGCUGAAGCUAGCAGCUACGUUCAGGCGGACGACAUCACUCACACAGUUCGCUGCCUCUUCAGAGGAAACAGGGAGUGGAUAAUCACACGACAGGGGUUUUUGUUUGCUACUGUGGCGGCUUCAAAACGGAAUCUCUCGAGUGGUACCUCACUGUAACCUUUAUGUGAGGCCCGAGCCCUGAAAGAGCGGGUCACAGACGGGAGGAGAGACUCGGGAGAAGAGCACCUGGCCGCAGAAGCCUGGAUACGUGUUUUUAUUUUUUAUUCACUCCCUGAAAGACAACCACAGCCAAGCAGUUUAUCAGCAAGCAACAAUAACAACAACAACAAACAUGGAAGCCAUUGCCAAAUACGAUUUCAAAGCCACCGCUGACGAUGAGCUUAGUUUCAAGCGUGGAGAGGUCCUUAAGGUAUUAAAUGAAGAGUGUGAUCAGAACUGGUACAAGGCAGAGCUAAACGGGAAAGACGGCUUCAUCCCCAAGAAUUACAUAGAGAUGAAAGCUCAUCCGUGGUUCUUCGGGAAGAUUCCUCGGGCCAAAGCGGAGGAGAUGCUCAACAAACAGAGGCACGACGGAGCCUUCCUCAUCAGAGAGAGCGAGAGUGCACCAGGAGACUUCUCCCUCUCUGUGAAGUUUGGAAACGACGUCCAGCACUUCAAGGUUCUCCGCGACGGCGCCGGAAAGUAUUUCCUGUGGGUGGUGAAGUUUAACUCCCUCAACGAGCUGGUGGACUACCACCGCUCCACCUCGGUCUCUCGCAAUCAGCAAAUCUUCCUGCGAGACAUCGAGCAGGUCCCCCAGCAUCCAACAUACGUGCAGGCGCUCUUUGACUUCGACCCGCAGGAGGAAGGGGAGCUGGGUUUCCGACGCGGCGACUUCAUCCAAGUUUUGGACAACUCUGACCCCAACUGGUGGAAAGGAGGCUGCCACGGGCAAACGGGCAUGUUCCCCCGCAACUACGUCACGCCUGUCAACCGGAACAUGUAAACAGACCAUUCAAACAACAACAACAACAACAACAACAACAACCACAACAGCAACCACCACCACCACCACCACCAUCAUCAUCCUUCUCGAUCUCAUCAGCCCCCAUCCAACCCUCCAAAAAAAACUAAAAAAAACACACCACCCCUCCACCCUCCUCGCCAUCCCGCGAUAACAGGAGCAGACAGGAAGAAGGCGAACAACCGAAAGAGGUAAAGCAGGAGUAGUGCUGUCGUAGGCGUCGCUGUGUGGGUGGCAGCUGAAGCAAAAAAAAAAAAAUCAACUCUUACCUGCGCUGAGAGCGUUCACCUCGCCAGUGAAACGCCUCGGCGAGGAUUGAACCGUCUUUGAGGGAAAUCUAAAAAUGCAGAGAAACUAAAGAGUAGUGCAACCAAGCGUGAAGAUAACCAAAUGAUUCUACCGCUCCCCACAGCUGCUUCUCUCCUCUCCCUAACUUCUUAACAUUCUGCCUUUUCUUUUGUCUUUUUUUGUUUUUCUUUCUUUGCCGCAUGUUGUUUUUUAAUCACCUAAAUGAUGAAAUGCCUACCGAUAAAUCCUAACUCUGUUUUAAAGAAAAAAAAAAGUUAAAAUAUGAAAAAAAAGAAGAAGAAGAAAUGGUUAAAAAAAAAAAUGUACAAAAAAGACGAGAGAGAGGAAAACAUGAUGCAAUCUACCGUACAGCGAGUUUCCAUGAGAUCUUUGAACACGUGAGCAGUGUACAUCGGCCGCCGGCUGUAUAAAUAAAUCAACUAUAGAGAGAAUCCAUUUUUAAGAAUAUA